ACUCACCUUACCCGCUUCGUACUCGUCAGUUGGAACCACGCGGCUCCGCACGGUGUACACGACCGUACGUCAAGGACGAGGCAGUCCUCGACGUACUGCCGGCGCGGAUCAAGAAAGAGAAAGAAAGAGAAAGAGAGAGAGAGGAGAAGAAGAGGAGAGAGGAGUCCUGACGCGCGCGAUUACGAGAGAGAGCCGCACUCCCAGUUCGACCAUCUCGCCGUAACCGGCCAGCACGCGCAAAAGGGUGCGAAAACGUUCCGCGACGAUAAUAAACUAACAUCAACAGCGCAACGAUACAAAUGAAGGAGAGUCUCUUUCUUGGAUGGUGCACCGUGAAAUACGAGAUACCGUCAAAACCGUUGUGACAUUGCGUUACGAGAUCGUUUUGCUCCGGUUGGUAUACCCGAUCACUUCAGUGUCAAAGAAUUCGAAGAAACAUUCGUGAAAUCGCGGCAACACGAUCGGUUGACACGGCAUCGAUGGUGGAUUAUCAGCCGGACGUCGCCGGACUGGAGAUAUGUCAGUGACUUCAACGUGUGAACUUUGACAGUUCGUCGUGAGAGGAUUCACCGGCUGCCAGGCAGAUACGUCGCAAGCGAAGGAUGGAGGCCAGCGAGUGGGAUCACGCGACCUUGAGGGAGGAAGAAUUCGAGCAGCAUGCCGUAUAUUUGGUACCGGAUGUGUCGGCAUCGCCGGGCGAUACCAAUCGUGCGGAGGCGUCCUUGCCACGGAACCUGGUCCUCAAACCCUCUCAGGCCCUCAACGAUGUACGUUCUUUCGCAGAAGAAACUUACCCCGAAACCUCCUCGGUGUUGGGUGUGUGGAGCACCAGUUACAUCCCCAAAGGGACACGUUUUGGCCCUCUGGUCGGCCAGGUGUAUACGAAGGAUUCGGUACCGGCAGACGCGAACCGGAAGUACUUCUGGCGGGUAUAUAAGAACAACGAGCUGUUCUAUUACAUCGACGGUUAUGACGUCCAGAAAUCGAAUUGGAUGCGUUACGUGAAUCCCGCCUACUCGUCCGAAUCGCAAAACCUAAUAGCAUGCCAGUAUAAGAUGAACAUUUAUUUUUACACGAUCAAGCCGAUAUUACCGCAUCAAGAGUUGCUGGUUUGGUACUGCAGGGAAUUCGCGGAAAGGCUCAAUUAUCCGCUCACCGGUGAGCUGAUGCUUCAGAGAAUACGACAACAAGUACAACAAUCGACACUACCAACGGAAAUUUCGCCCCCCGUCGACGUGAUAACGCCUCUGAAAGAUUCGUCGAUCUACGAGAGGCGUCAGAUGACGCCGACGGAUGGUUCUGUGAGGUCAGACGAGGGUUAUCAUUCAAACGGCUAUCACGACGAGAUCCUAACACCACCUGAGGAAAGCAGUGAAUCCGAUAGUGAGAACAACUACGUGUUGGAUUUCAGUAAGAACGCCAAAUCGUCAGUGUGCAACAACGAGAUUCUGAAGCAGGACAAUACCGCAGCUAAGAAUGAAUACAGGAAAGUUAAGAUAAAGAUUUCCAAGACCUACGGUAACUUCCAGGCGACAAAGGUCAUAGCUGACGGCUCGACGAAGGAUAAGGACCAGGAGUUGUCCAGCCGAGCGGUCACCCCGGAACUCCAGAAGCCGGUAUCACCUAUCAUCCUACAGAAGAGCACAGUGUUGUCGACCGUGAACGAGGAUGAGGUGUCCGAGAACAUAAAACCCUUCUACGAGCCGGAAGUCAAGAGUGGUAAUCUGCCGAUGUCCGGCAGACCCGCCUAUCUAGCUAACCCCAGCAGUUCCAUCCUGGAGAACAUUCUGCUGCGUAACAGCACCGAUAACAACAACAAUAGCCACCAUCAUCACAAUGGCGGCUCGCAGCAACACCAUCAGCACCAUCAACUGCACCAUCAGACUCAUGUAGACUCGGUGACGCCACCGCCCUCCAGUCCCACCGAGAUGGCAUAUUCUUAUAAGAAGUCCCAUCGUUACGGAAACAUUCUGCCCUGCAGCCCGGACUCUAGUUCGAAUCUGCCCCUACAAACGGACUCGUGCGUAAACUCGACCAGCGGCAACGGUAGUGCGCUACCCAGCAUGCAGAGCCCCAACGGCAAUCUGCACUCCAGCACGGGAGGAGGAUUGCAUUCGAGCACAGGUGGAAGCAACGGCAGUCUGCCACCGCACCCCGGAAGUUUGCACUCGUCUAGCAACGCCGGCGGCGGCAUACAUUCCAGCACGAGCGUGCUCUCGUCCAGCGCGAUGCUAACGUCCACCAGCAGUCCGCAUUCAGCGUCCACGACGACGAACGGUUGCCCGCCUAAGCGGAAGACCAAAUCGCCGUCGCCGUCGUCGAGUCAGAACGGCGUACCCACCCCGACGACGAUCCUUUACUCCGGCAGCUCAGGAGCCGCCGGAUGUCAGAUCGAGUCCGCCAGUCCGGUUUACCCGAACUCCGCCGGUAGUAGCAGUAGCGGCAGCAGCAAUCAGAGCGUCUCGCCGAUUUCGCCGAUUCAAUCGCCCUCGUCCUACAGUCCGUACGGUAGUCUGUACGGUCACCAGAAUGGCUCGCUACAUCACAACAUGGGCGCGUCAUUGUCUAUCAACUGCACCGCCUAUUCGCCCACGCCUAGCGGCAACGUCGUCUACGAGAGAACCACGGACGGCAGACGACUGGAGGCUACCAGCAGUGGCGGUCAUCAGUUACCCACCUCGUCGACGAUGCAGAUCGACGGUAACCAAGCGUUGAUCACCGGCACGCACAAUCUCCACCUCGGCCACCACCCGGGUCUCACCAUCCAUCCAAACUCCUCGUCGUCCCUCAACAGAUACUCACCGAGCUCCUUGUCGCCAGACGAUCACGGUUGUUCCCAGAGCGGCUCCCUCAGCCCCAACUCCCAGGGCUCAAGGGGCUACAGGUCGCUGCCUUAUCCGCUCAAAAAGAAGGAUGGCAAGAUGCACUACGAGUGCAACGUCUGUUGUAAAACCUUCGGUCAGCUAUCGAAUCUCAAGGUACACCUGAGGACGCAUUCCGGCGAGAGGCCCUUCAAGUGCAACGUUUGCACCAAAAGCUUUACACAACUCGCGCAUCUUCAAAAGCAUCAUCUCGUGCAUACUGGUGAAAAGCCACACCAAUGCGAGAUAUGUAAAAAAAGAUUCAGUUCGACUUCGAAUCUGAAGACUCAUCUUAGACUGCACUCCGGCCAAAAGCCGUACGCCUGCGACCUUUGUCCCGCCAAGUUCACCCAAUUCGUUCAUUUGAAACUGCACAAGAGGUUGCACACAAACGAACGACCCUACACCUGCCAGGGUUGUGACAAGAAGUACAUUAGCGCGAGCGGCCUCAGGACUCACUGGAAGACAACGAGCUGCAGACCAAACAACAUCGAGGACGAGCUCGCACUCGCCGCGGCCGUGGGUUCGCCGACGUAUUACGAGUACGGUCCUGAUAUGAAUGUUGGAAAUAUGCCCAAGGAAUGCGAGUUAGAGCACAUCGAUAAUUACGACAGGCAUGGAUCGACGCACGGCCCGCACUCCACGUCCCUCCACAACCUGGAAAAUUCCGUGAGCCGGCCGAGCGUCAUAGAAACAUCCCAGCCACACAUUAUCGAGUGUACAUAAGUACAUAAUGUUAUAUAAGCACAUUAAAGUCGCAUGAUGGGGUAUGAGCCCCUUUCCGUUCGGGCGCAAAAUGCAAUCGUGGAAAUGUAAGAGAAUUGCUCGCGGCUAACCAGAAAAAAGUACGGAGAUAAGAGCUUUCCCUCUCUGGAAUGGCAGUAAAGAACAAAGCUUUUGCAUAUAGUGUCGCACGAGAAAUUUUCGCAAGCUCUCCUUCCUAAUUUCGAUGAAAUUAUGGUAAAUAUUCAAAACAAUAAAAAUAAUUUUGAUUUCUA